ACAAAUGGACCGAUCUCGGCCUCAACACGAUUCAGUGAUCUUUCAGAGAGACUUCUCCAUUGGCGGGAAAAUAGAGUUUUUAGGGUUCUAUGGCGUCCAGGAGGCGGGCAGCGCCAUCGCAGAGCUCCGCUCCACCUCCAAAGCGCCAGGGGAGCUCUCAGGCACCGGCGGCGACGCGAAUGCCAGAGCCGCCGCCUCCUCCUCCUGUCGACGAGGAGGACUUCGAUGAAGAUGUGUUCUUGGAGGAGACGCUUCUCAGGGACGUGGAGCUCCAGGCCACUGGCAUAACUGCGAGCUUGGCCAAAUGGAAGCGCAACCACGUCGAGGCGUUUGAUCCAAAAGAGCAUCCCGUUGUGUUUCAGCAACUCGAGAUUGACUAUGUGAUCGGCGAAAGCGAUAGAGAGUGGAUGCCAGGAAGAACUGGCCCUGCUGCAAUUUUGAGGAUGUUUGGUGUCACGCUGCAAGGAAACAGUGUUUGCUGUCAUAUACACGGGUUUGAGCCUUACUUUUAUAUCAGCUGUCCUGACGGAUGGAAUCCUGAUGACACGUCUAAGUUUCGCCAUACUCUCGAGACAAGAAUGCGCGAAGCAAACAGGAAUAGCAAGACUCCCACUUUUGUUACAAGAGUAGAGAUGGUCCAGAAGCGAAGCUUGAUGUACUUCCAAACACAGAAAGCAAGGGCGUUCCUCAAGAUUGUUGUUGCGCUUCCAACAAUGGUUGCUUCCUGUAGAGGAAUUCUUGAAAAAGGCAUCACUUUGGAAGGCUUUGGUCAUAAAUGCUUCAUCACAUACGAGAGCAAUAUUCUCUUUGCUCUUCGAUUCAUGAUUGAUUGCAACGUAGGUGGUGGAAACUGGAUUGAGCUUCCUGGUGGAUCUUAUCGUUUGACUCCACGCCGACUUUCAACCUGCCAAAUUGAGAUCGAUAUACUAUACAACAAGAUUGUCAGUCAUAGUGCUACUGGCCAGUACUCCAAGCUUGCACCUUUUCGUAUAUUGAGCUUUGACAUCGAAUGUGCUGGGCGGAAAGGACAUUUUCCAGAGCCCGAACAUGAUCCCGUUAUUCAGAUUGCGAAUCUUGUGACAGUUCAAGGGGAAAGUCGUCCUAUGGUUCGAAAUGUGAUGACGCUCAAAUCUUGUUCUGCGAUAGUUGGAGUGGACGUUAUGUCCUUCGAUACUGAGAAAGAGGUCCUCUUGGCAUGGCGGGACCUUAUCCGAGAAGUUGACCCUGACAUUAUUAUCGGCUAUAACAUUUGCAAGUUCGAUAUGCCUUACCUGAUCGAGAGGGCACAAAAACUUGGAAUUGUGGAGUUUCCUGUUCUUGGACGUAUUCGCAACAGCCGAGUCCGUGUUAGAGAUGCGACAUUUUCUUCAAGGCAAUAUGGUAUAAGGGAAAGCAAGGAAGUUUUGAUAGAAGGACGCGUACAAUUCGAUUUGCUACAGGCAAUGCAAAGAGAUUAUAAGCUCAGCUCAUACUCCUUAAACUCGGUGUCUGCUCAUUUCCUUGGAGAGCAGAAAGAGGACGUCCACCAUUCCAUCAUUGCUGAUUUGCAAAAUGGUAACUCGGAAACUCGGAGGCGUUUGGCUGUUUACUGCUUAAAAGAUGCGUAUCUGCCUCAGAGAUUACUCGAAAAGCUGAUGUUUAUAUAUAACUAUAUCGAAAUGGCAAGAGUAACAGGAGUUCCCAUUUCGUUUCUUCUUUCGAGGGGACAAAGUAUCAAGGUGCUUUCACAAAUUCUAAGAAAAUGCAGACAACGAAACUUUGUCGUGCCAAACAUUAAGGGACAAGGGGCUGGGCAGGAAACCUUUGAAGGUGCAACCGUUCUAGAAGCAAGGGCUGGAUUUUACGAAAAGCCAAUUGCCACGCUUGAUUUUGCAUCACUGUACCCAUCAAUUAUGAUGGCUUACAAUCUUUGCUAUUGCACCUUGGUUAGAACGGAGGAUCAAGCCAGAUUGAACAUAGCACCAGAAAAUGUUAACAAAACGCCGUCUGGUGAAACGUUUGUCAAAACAAAUAUGGAGAAAGGGAUCCUUCCUGAAAUCUUAGAGGAACUGCUUGCUGCCAGAAAGCGAGCCAGAGCCGACCUGAAGGAAGCUACCGAUUCACUUGAAAAAGCCGUGUUGGACGGUCGGCAGCUAGCUCUCAAGGUUAGUGCGAACUCAGUGUAUGGAUUCACAGGCGCAACAGUUGGCCAGCUUCCUUGCCUUGAAAUUUCAUCCAGCGUAACUAGCUAUGGAAGGCAGAUGAUUGAACACACCAAAACCCUCGUGGAAGGACGUUUCAACACAAGCAACAAAUAUGACAACAAUGCAGAAGUGAUCUACGGGGAUACGGAUUCAGUAAUGGUUCAAUUUGGUGUCUCUACCGUUGAGGACGCCAUGAAUCUUGGAAGGGAGGCGGCUGAUUAUAUCAGCGGGACAUUUACCAAGCCUAUCAAGUUGGAAUUUGAGAAAGUGUACUUCCCCUAUUUGCUGAUUAGCAAAAAGAGGUAUGCGGGCCUACUUUGGACGAAACCCGCAAAAUACGACAAAAUGGACACUAAAGGAAUUGAAACUGUUCGGCGAGAUAAUUGUUUACUAGUAAAAAAUGUAGUGACUCAAAGCCUCCACAAGAUUCUUGUUGAUCGAGAUGUGCCUGGAGCUGUGGACUAUGUUAAGGGCAUGAUUUCGGACUUGCUGAUGAAUCGUAUGGAUCUAUCACUUCUUGUUAUCACAAAGGGCCUCACAAAAACUGGCGAUGAUUAUGCCGUCAAGGCUGCUCAUGUUGAGCUUGCUGAGCGUAUGCGUAAGCGUGAUGCAGCCACUGCUCCAAAUGUAGGCGAUCGUGUUCCUUACGUCAUAAUUAAAGCCGCAAAGGGAGCUAAGGCAUAUGAGCGGUCUGAGGAUCCAAUCUAUGUCUUGGAAAAUAACAUUCCCAUCGAUCCUCAGUACUAUCUGGAAAAUCAGCUGAGUAAGCCACUGCUCCGGAUAUUCGAACCAAUUCUCAAGAAUGCGAGCAAGGAGCUUCUCCACGGGAGCCACACUCGCUCCGUGUAUAUCACAACGCCCUCCAACAGUGGCAUUAUGAAGUUCGCGAAAAAGCAACUAACCUGUCUGGGCUGCAAAGCUAUAAUCAGUGGCGGCGACACACCAUUGUGUAAACACUGCAACGGCCGUGAAGCGGAGCUAUACCAGAGAACUGUUGCAAAUGUGAGGGAUUUGGAGCAGCUAUUUGGAAGGCUGUGGACUCAAUGCCAGCGGUGCCAAGGAUCUUUACAUCAAGACGUUUUGUGCACAAGUCGCGAUUGCCCAAUCUUCUAUCGACGGAAAAAAGCACAGAAGGAUCUGUCGGAAGCCGAACUGCAAGAGCAGCGCUGGGACUUUUAGAACAUAGAAGGCUUUUCCAUCUUGGACAUCUCUAUCAGAUGUAAGGUUUCCAAGUAGAGGGGAUUCAUGCCUCUGAAGAUAUACUAUAGCAGCAAUCAGCAAGCUCAUGACUCGGGAAUAUAUAAUGAAACAUUUUCCAGUC